AGUUCUCCCCUGAGACAGCCUAUUGAAGAAAAGGCUGGUGAUGACAGAGAAGCUGUUUCCCAGGCCACUUUGAGCCUUUUAGUUUUAGUUUAGUUUAGUUUAGUUUUUCCUGUACCAUCAGUCUGCAUGGCAGCUUACAGAGUUACACAGGCAACAUAGACAAGUCCCUGCUCCCAUGGAGCUUACAAUCUCAAAUUCUCAUCGAGGAAUAUCUGACAGACAGACUUCUGAGUCAUAUGAUGAGCUCUGGAACAGGAAGAACUCAGAGCAGCAAAUUCUGCCCCAUGACUUCAUACUGAAAGGUUAUGCAGAAAUACACUUAUGAGGAUUGCAAGCGGACGGCAGACUGGCUACUGGCCAAAACGAAGCACCGGCCCAGGGUGGCCAUCAUCUGCGGCUCAGGCCUUGGAGGACUAGCUGACCUCCUAAAGGACCAAGUGGCAUUUGAAUACACCAAGAUCCCCAAUUUCCCCAAGAGUACAGUUGUAGGCCAUGCUGGUAGACUGGUGUUUGGGAACCUCAGUGGGACGCCCAGUGUGGUGAUGCAAGGCCGUUUCCACAUGUAUGAAGGUUACCCCCUCUGGAAGGUGACCUUCCCGGUCCGCAUCUUCCACCUGCUGGGCGUGGAGACCCUCAUCGUCACCAAUGCUGCUGGGGGGCUCAACCCUGAAUACAACGUGGGAGACAUCAUGGUGAUCCGCGAUCACAUCAACAUGCCGGGGUUUUCUGGGCAGAACCCCCUGGUGGGGCCUAAUGAAGAGAGGUUCGGAGUGCGUUUCCCAGCCAUGUCUGAUGCCUACAACCAAGAUUUGAGGAAGCUGGCACACUCGGUGGCGGCAGAGAUGGACUGCUCCGGGUGCUUGCGUGAAGGAGUCUAUUGUGCCCUGGGGGGCCCCAACUAUGAGACUAUCGCUGAAUGCCAGUUCCUGCAGCGACUGGGUGCCGAUGCUGUGGGCAUGAGCACAGUUCCUGAGGUGAUUGUGGCCCGCCACUGCGGCAUGCGCGUCUUUGGCUUCUCCCUCAUCACCAACAAAGCCAUCCUGGACUACGAGACCAAGGAGAAGGCCAACCAUGCCGAGGUGCUGGAGGCCAGCCGCCAGAGCGCCCGCACCCUUGAGAAACUGGUCUCCCUGCUGGUGCAACGCAUUGAGCGCAACAACAACUUGGCCUAGCGCAUGGUUUGGGCCAGCCCACCACGGAUACCUCACCACCAGCUGCUCUGGUGGGGAAGCCGUCACCUCACAACUAGGACUGUCCACACAAGUCCGGGCAAGAAGAACCUGCUUGACUCUUCCAUCCAUCUUUCCCCAGAUAUGAUCUCUCCUCUUGUCAAAUCCUGCUGUUGAGUUUUGUACCAUCAGAUGGUACCCCAGAUUUUUGUUCCGCUACUCUGCCUAACUGUCUUUGGGCUGUGAUGGAUUGUCCCUCUGUCUCCGGUCUCUGUCCUCUGGUUCAGUGGUCCACUCGUCUCUCCGGCUUCUCUUCCCAAGUUCCAGGGUUUUCCUUCUGGCUGCAACGUUACAUCUGUCUCACCCUGUUGCUGGCACCGACUGUCAAGAUAAUAUGGAUUUUUAUGGCCUUUCGCUGCUUGAAGUUCAGAAUGCAGAGAAUGUCCUUCUAAACGUUGCCUGGCCACCAUUUUGAAGUUCAAAAUGGCCGUUCUCUCAUCAAAAGAUGAUCAUGUAGAACCUGGCGAAUGAACUCUUACCCACUUCCCACUUGUUCCUGAAGGCUACGACUCCGUCUCCUGGCUGUUAAUUUGUCAUCCUCUCCACUGGGCAUCCUCCGUGCGAUCUCUAGUUGUAUGUCCUCACACACUGAGAGUUUGCCUCUGGUAUUUGAAGUAACAUCAGUUUCUCCUUCACGGGGGCCUACCUUUCAUCUCCUUUUAAGCUGUUCAUUUCUCUUCCUUGCUAUGACUGUUCUUUCUCUCCACAGCCCUGGUGGAUAGAAGUGGUGAGGGACAGGACACCUGUCCACUUGAACACCUUCAAGGUGAAGAGAUUUUGUUUCCCCCCCACCAUGCUUCUGUCUAAAAGCCUUUGGACUCUAACCAUCCAGGGAGUCACUCCAGCCUUAAUGGUAUUCCCAUGCAAUAAGUAACAAAGGCCAUACUCUCACAAACAGGAAGUGACGUAGUAAAUUUGUAUCUGGAUUAUAUCACUUCAGCCUGCAGGUGAGGGCUCACAUGCGGGCAUGCAGUCCAGCCAAUGAUGACGAAAAUCCCUGCACUUAGGAAACUAGCAUGUCAGAGAGAAGUGCUAGUUUUCCAGGUGUAGGAAUUUUUGUGUUUGUUUUAAAUAGAGAGGCAUUUAAGUGGUACAGUCUAGAAAAUGUUUGGCCAUCUUACCUGUGAGAAGUAGCCCUAAGAUCCCCAAGAACCAUUGCAGUCUCUGAGUCUCAGCUGCCUCCUGAUUUGUGAAAGAGGAGCUGCAGCCAUAGCAACUGCCUUUGCUGAAUCAUUCCUCAGUUUGCGGGGAAUACCAUAGACCAGGGCUGCACAACUUUGGCCCCCCAGCUGUUUUUGGACUACAGCUCCCAUCAUUCCCAGCAGUCGCAGGGCAGGGCUUCAAAGAGUUGGCCAUUUCCUCAUAACCAACAGAAACUCUUCUGUCCCUCUCACCAAGCUCAGGUGCCACCGGUUUUUUAGCAUCUAUGAAUUGCUAGCCUAACAAACAUGUACAUUAAGUAAGACCAGUUAUAGGGAUGUGCACAAACCACAGUUCGAGCACAUUUUGCGAGCGGAGCCCGGGAGCUUUAAGAAAGAGGAGAGCGGAGCCUUGCUUGCUGUCUGCUGUCCCAUCCCUGCAUGGUGUCAGCAGCAACACUAUAUGCGGACUCCAUGUGCCUGCUGACACCUCGUGGGGAUUCUAGGGAUGUGCGUCAAGAGCAAGUUGGUGCUCCUCCCUAACCAGUUAUUGGGAAUGUGCACGGACCACGGAGGCGCGAUCUGAUGCCGGGGUGUGUGUGUGUCACUUUAAGGGUGUGUGUGUGUGGGGGGGGGUUACUUACCCCUCCUGCCGCUUUCCCCCCUCUGGCGCUCCAUUUUAAAGUAAAAUCUUCAGGGCAGCAGCGUUCCUCCCUGCCGCCCCAACCCCCUUUUUGACUGCAAAAUGAAGUAACGUCUGCGCAUGUGCACGCCGCACACGUCACACACACUACGCAGUGCGUGCAUGCACGGACGUUACUUCCGCGUUUUGCAGUCAACAAGGGGGCAAGGGCGGCAAGGAGGAAUGCUGCUGCCCCAAAGAUUUUACUUAAAAAUGGAGCACCAGAGGGGGAAAAGCAGAGGAAGGGGUAAGUACAACCCCCCCCCCGCCCUUAAAAGCGGCAGAUGGCCUUUUUGGUAAAAGUUCUAUAGAUGCCUAGGAGAACAAAAUUAAUUCCAAACACUUUGAAUGAAGUGAUUAGUAUAGAUUGUUUUUAACUGUUACGGUUUUUGAUUUUUCGUUGCAAACUGGCCUUGAGGCUUUGAGAUUUAGUGGUAGUAAAAUGCGAUUGAUUGAUUAAUUGAAUAAAAUAGUAGAGUUGAGGGGGCUGUGGUCCAACAACAGCUGGAAGGCUUUGCAGCCAUGCCUUCAACAGUGGUUUGGUUGCGUUAGGGUGGAGGAUGGAGGGAGGGAGGGAAGGAAGUAGAGAUAUCUACCUUUAAAAAGCACUCUUGGGUUAAGUGAACUUCACAGAUGUGUGUUGGCACAGAUAUGUGCCAACUGACCAGAAAACAAUCAUUGCCCUGUUCUUAUGUCUUUAACAGCAGUCAAUAGGGGACAACAUGCAGAUAAACAUUAUUUGCAACAUGCAGAUAAACAUUAAUGCCUGCUAGUGUCUGGGCAUAUCAAGCUGUAGUCCAAGGCACAGCUGCAGUGAUCAGCUGAAAAACUGGCAAUCUUAGGCAGGGCUGGGCCGAAUAUUAUUAUUAUUAAAAAAUAUUUAUACCCCACCCCUCCAGUACAUUACUGCUCGGGCUGACUCACAACAUCAACAAAACAGAUACAAUGUAAAAUUAAAGAUUAAUAAAGUCAAGUUAAAAGACCAGGCUAAAACCACACUUACGGUUUAUGGCCUAUGCACAAAUGUGUCAAAGUUUGCCAAUUGAAUAUAGGCACUUAACCUUACCUCACUACAGAUGUAAACAGUCUCUGAAAGUAGCGUGAUGGAUGUGGCAUUUAUUUGGAAGCAAGUGGCUACCUUUGGAAACUGGAUUCCAGGGGGGAGUUGUUUCCCCCUCAGUGUGCAUCAGUUUGCACCCCCAAGCUGGUGUGUUCUGGGCAUUGCCACUUAACCGCUUUGCAGAUUGGGUUGUGUGUUUGCUGUGAUUUCUGCUUGUGAGGACUCUUUCUGUCUUUCUGACCCUCUGUACUGUAUAUCCACCAUGGACCAAGACAGCCCCUGUAACCUUGCAAGACUGGAUUGUUAUGAACACUGAGACAUCGAAGGAGACUGAGAAGAUCUUGGCAGUGUGUUUGUUUGUGUGUAUGUGUGUGUGUGAAGAACAACAGCUCAUAUCCAUCCAGUGGCCUUGAAGGUCUCUGCAGCUUUAGAAAUAUAUAAAAACAAUCUCUAUUUUUUUUAGAGGACUCAUUCACAUUCUGCACUUUUUAUUUUAUUUAAAUGAAUGGAGCCCCUGUUUAAUAAUUAUAAUAUUAGUAAAUAAUAAAGAAGUGAAUAAAAGUGG